AUGCGCAGGGUUUUGGUGGCGAUCCCCACAAUACUCUGGCAGCGAAGGGCCUGUGGUUUCCAGAAUCAACGGGCACUGUUGCAGCUAACAUGCGAACAUAUUUAUUGUAGUAGCUCCGCCCGGGAGCAGUUGCGCCAACUCAUUCACGAAUCAUCCGUAGAAAAUGCCCUGCGUCAUUUGGGCGAGUUUUAUAAAGAUGCUUCUCCGGUGGAAGGAUCUACUUGGCUCGGGAAAUUAUCAACAGCCCCUGAUAUAUGUAGUCGUAUCGCUGUCGUCCUGCCUCAAUUUGAAAGAUGGUACGUUGCCCGGAAGGCUUCAGAAAAGGUGACGAUGCAUGAACCCUGGGAUUGGUAUCCAAAGGCCCGUUUUAUGCGACGUCGAUUUGUUUUUCAUUAUGGCCCCACAAAUAGUGGAAAGACACAUGUUGCUUUGGAAGCGUUGGUGCAGGCCAAGAGUGGUGUUUAUUGUGCCCCUCUUAAGGCGCUUGCAGCACAGGUUUGGAAGCGGAUCGAUGCACGCGUACCAUGUGACUUGUUAAUAGGUGAUGAGCGGCGUUUUGGCGGGGGCGCAGAGCAUGUUUCGUGUACGGUGGAAAUGACACCUUUGGAUUUUCAGAUUGAUGUGGGAGUGAUCGACGAGGUGCAACUUAUUGCAGACAGGGACCGGGGGUGGGCAUGGACGCGUGCUCUUUUUGGAUUACCGGCGCGUGAAAUCCACCUCUGUGGUGAGGAGCGUGCCAUUCCGCUUAUUCGUAAGCUGCUAUAUAAAACACGUGAGUUACCGAGACUGGAGCUUGUGCAACAUAAACGGCUUGUUCCACUUAAAGUUUCUCCCUCAUUGAGUGGAGAUCUAGGACGCAUAGAAAACGGUGAUACCCUGGUGUGUUUCUCGCGAAGGGCUAUUUUUGACAUGAAGAAGAAGCUAGACGGCAUUCCGGGGGUAGUCCCACACUGCAUUUACGGAUCGAUGCCUUUUUCCGUUCGUGAAGCUCAGGCCGAUGCAUUUAACAACGGUGUACAAGCCGGUAUUCAGGAUAAUGGUGGGAAAAGGCAUGUUCUCAUCUCCACAGACGCUAUUGCAUAUGGACUGAAUAUGAGUAUUGAGCGUAUUAUUUUUACCACAAUGAAAAAGUUUGAUGGAAAGCAGGUGAUUUUGUUACCACAGGCAACCGUGUUGCAAGUGGCUGGUCGUGCAGGUCGCUUUGGCUUAUUGCGCUCGCAUCUAGUGGGUCGAUGCACAACGCUUGACUCAGACGACUUUGCAUUUCUGUGUGAGGCGGUCAACAGUCGUACACCUCUGCUGGAAAAGGCGGGACUUCUCCCCACAGCCGACAUACUUGAGCUUUUCAUUCGGCUACGUGGGUUGGAGGAGGGCAAGAAUGUGGCGAAUGAAGAUUCAACAACAUUUUAUAAACGCAUGAAAGAGUUUACGGAAUGCUGUCAGGCUGCCGACUUGUUUUUUCCGUGCGAUCUGUCGCGCUCAUUGCUUAAAAUAGCUAAAGAGUUGGAGACUGUAACUGAUCUUUCCUUAAGUGAUCGGAUUUUGUUCUGCUACGUUCCUUUGAAUAGCCAUGGGAAAGAGACUUUUGAACUUCUUCGCGCAUUUGCGCGUGACCACGCCGCGGGGCGAGAGGUCCUACUUUGCAUAGACAGUGAGUUUGAAAAAGUUGUACAGCAAUGCGAUCGCAUUUCUGGCGGCGAUAUGAGGCGGGUUCAGCAGGUUUUGGCAAAGAUGGAGCAUUUAUACCGAAUGGCGGAGAUGUACUGCUGGCUUGCGUGGCGCUUUGGGAAGACCUUUGUUCACCUUGAGCCUGCCAUGGCGUUGAAGGAAAAGGCGGCUGCAAGGAUUGAGGAAAUGCUGCAGCGUCUUUGA